GACGCUGCUCAAUUCGAGGUGGCUACCAUUCAAAGUCAUGGUUUAACAAAUACAAUCUGGUUUCCAGCAGGGUUAGACGCAAUGCCAUCUGAAAUUGUUAAAUAUUUCUUCCAUUAAUUGGCCUUGUCAACCAGCUGUUCCAUCCAUAGCUUGCAGCCCAUGAAAUAUACCAUGCAUGUAUGUACAUAUAUAUAUUUGUUGACAAAACAUAAAAAAACACCCAAGCUGGUGUGGUAUAAAUACCCGUGGCAUCAAAGAUCGAAGACAUAACCCACCGAGACAACAGCAAUAAUGAAAUACUUUGUGAUCUGUGCUUUGGCUGCUCUCGUCCUUAUCCAGGCCGCGUCGGGAUUCAAAAUCAGGCGCGUUGUCUAUGUGGUUCCAGUGGCGUCAAGUACCACAACAAUUGCACCCGUCGCAGGAUCUAGUACGACAGUUUCGAGCGUAACAACAACGGCUCCACCCAAGGUGAUAUACUGCUCCUGGAAGAACAAUUGGUGUCGCCCGGCCUCGAACACGAUGACGAACUGCAAGUGGGGCAUCUGCAAAUACACUGGCUAAAAAUGCUAGACAUAAUUAUCAAGUAGCCCAACAAUAAAAUAAACAAUCUUCAAACAUAUUGUAGCACAA